UCUCAUUCACUCAAGUUUCAAUGUCAGAUUCAGAAUUUGGUUAUGCUCAACAUAAAAUUAGAAAGAAAGAAAAAAUGUGCAAAUAAUGUUUUGUAGGAAAUGAGUUAAAAUUUCACAUAAAUGGGAUGUCACAUUCGUGGGAUUCGAUUCAGACGCAGUUUUAAGGCAAGGCGAGGUGUCAUUCUUCAUCUCCACAACUAGGAAAUCCCAUCCAUAAUCUUGCAAAAUCUCAAUUCAGGAUUAGAGUGACAACCCCUGUUCCUAUUCAUCCAUGUCAGCAUCAACAAAUUCAUCCUUUUCUGCAGUACAAAUGACUGCUGAAGAUCAAGUGCAACAGAUUGAACUACUAACAUCAACAGAUGAUGAUCAUGGUGGUGUUAUUGUGGAAAUGGAUGAGUCUAUGGAUUCUACAAUCUUUAUAUCUAUUCUCAGAGCUUCAAUUUCACAUUGGAAACAGCUGGGUAAGAAGGGAGUCUGGAUAAAGUUGCCUAUUCAUCUAGUCAGUCUUGUUGAAGCUCUAGUUAAGGAAGGUUUUUGGUAUCACCAUGCAGAACCAAAAUAUUUGAUGCUUGUUUAUUGGAUUCCAGAAGGUGCAAAUACUAUUCCCGGAAAUGCCACACACCAAGUGGGUGUUGGUGCACUUGUAGUGAAUGAAAAACGUGAGGUCCUGGUGGUUCAAGAAAAGAGUGGACAUUUUCAGGGAACUGGAGCCUGGAAAUUCCCUACUGGAGUUGUUGAUCAGGGAGAAGAUAUUUGUGUAGCAGCAGUAAGAGAGGUCAAAGAAGAAACAGGAGUAAGCAGUCUCUUCAGCCUGUUGAAUGUGGACUUGUCAGUAGCCGUACAAAAGUUUAGCAUUGUGACUCUGAGCCUAAUAAUUCCAAGUUCUCUUAAUUUUCAGGUUGACUCAGAAUUUAUGGAAGUGUUAGCAUUCAGACAAAGUCACAUGACAUUCUUUGAGAAGUCAGAUCUAUUCUUUGUGUGCAUGUUGCGCCCUCUUUCUUUUGACAUCCAAAUACAGGAGAUAGAGAUAGAGGCUGCACAGUGGAUGCCAUUUGAUGAAUAUGCAGCCCAGCCUAUCAUGGAAAAGUAUGAACUUUUGAAGUACGUCAAUGAUAUAUACUUGGCAAAGAUUGAUGGACGAUAUUCUGGAUUUACUCCUGUAUCUACAACAUCCAACUUCUCUGAGGGAAAGAGCUAUCUUUACUUGAAUGCUGGAGGCCUGAAGAGGUGCAAUUCUUUAUAAGCAUCAGCAAAGGUUUACACAAUUAGAAAAUGAGACAGUUUAUAUUUACAAACUUUUUUGUUUACAAACUACACUAAGUACGACCGGUCAUACUUUAAUCAUGCAGUGUACGACCGGUCGUACUUACUGUAAUUUGCAAAAAAAAAUUUGUAAACGGAUCUUAUCCCUUAGAAAAUAUUCAAUCUUAGAAACUUAGUAUUGUUUGAUUCAUUAUGUGAAUAAUGCAGGUCUUCAGUAGGUAAAUUAACACAAUUUACAAUAAC